AUGUCAACAUUCUUUAUUCUCACAGUAUUAUUCUGCUCUAUCUGUUCAAUAUGGACAGCAACACCAUUUAAAGAUUGUGGAUCAGUAUUAGGUACUAUUAAAUCAUUUGACGUCACUGGUUGUACAACAGUUCCAUGCAAAUUUGCCAAAGGACAAACUUAUACAAUGAAUUUAGAAUUUCAAUCAAAUGCUACAUCAAAAACAGCUUCAGUUCAUAUUCAUGGUGUUAUUGGUGGUAUUCCAGUUCCAUUUCCAUUACCUGAUCCUGAUGCUUGUAAAAUGAAUGUUAAAUGUCCAGUCAAUGCAAAUGAUGCAAACGUUGCAAUCAUGUCAUUACCUGUCUUAUCAUCAUAUCCAUCAAUUUCACUCUAUGUCAAACUUGAAAUAACCGCUGAUGAUCAAAAUAAAGAUUAUGCUUGUUUACAAUUUCCAGCAACUAUAACAAGUGGUUCAGCUCAAGAACGAAAUUUAGUUGGUUGGAAAAAAGGCAAAUUAUUCGAAAUGCUCAAUUAA